UUAAUUUCAUUGUUUGAGAGGAGCGACGCUCCGCUUGCAUCCGCUGGGAUCAAACAGCCCCGACAGCGAGAUACCCUUUUGUCAUGGAAAUCAGACCCUGACUCUCAGUCACACGUGGGCUUCAGAAAUGCUAAGAAGUUGAACAUCCAGCCAGGACUUGUAAUACAGAACAGAACGGGUCAAGGAGAUGCUGAGUACAAUCUGACCAGUGUACGACAGGACUCGCUCUCCACGUUUCACUCUCAUCGGCAGUAGGAUAUAUAUAUUUAUAUAUAGCUAGUGCGCACAGUCAAUGCUCUGUAGCACAGUCAGUGCACUGUAGCCUACAGCAUAUGCAGUGCACAUGUAUAUAUUUUCUCGCGCUUAGAAGUAGGCAAGAAGGUCGAGUUUGUUCUUCUUUUGAAAUGGCAAUCAAGUCCUUUUCCUUGAGUGUAAUUCGCUCUGUAUAGAAUACUUUUUUUGUUUUCAAUGUAUAGAAACUAUAUUUAUCACUGUUCUGGUAUCGCGUAGCCUGUUUUUCCAAAAUGCUAGAUUUGGCUCUACGGAUGGUUUUCUGUGCGCUGCUCUGUUCCAUCUCUGCGCGCGCAUCGGGGUGCCCUCUUCGUUGCGAAUGCUCGGAAGCUGCGCACACGGUCAAGUGUGUUUCCAAAGACUUGCGGAGUGUCCCGUCUGGGAUACCAGGGUACACGAGGAAUCUGUUUAUAACGGGAAACCAGAUCAGCAGAAUUGGACCGGAAUCGUUCAAAGGGCUGGACAAUAUAACCACGCUGUCACUGAGUAACAACAGGAUAACAGAGGUAGAGUCUCAGACGUUCUCCGGGUUGCGUUCCCUCCGUUCUCUGGACCUGAGCUCCAACCAGCUGGCUGUCAUCAACCCAGAGGCCUUCACUGUCCCGGGCCACACCAUCAGGGAGCUCAACCUCAGCCGAGCUCUCUACAACCACUCCUCUCUCAUGGACCUGGCUAUGUCUCUUCGCUGGUCCACCCUGGGGGAGCUCCGGACCCUGGACCUGUCAGGGAACAGGCUAAUCUACCUGCCCUCUCACGCCUUCUCCUACCUGGGGGGCCUGCGGAGGCUCAUUCUGGCCAACAACUCCCUGGUGGUCCUCCACAACGGCACCUUCUCUGGGCUGGACUCUCUGGAGCAGCUGGAUCUGACCCUCAACGCUCUACGGACCGUCCAGGAGGAGGGCCUGGCUGAGCUGGACUCUCUGCCCCCCGGGGCAAGACUCCUUCUAGGGGAGAACCCCUGGACCUGUAUCUGUGGCAUGGAGCCCUUCGCUGCCUGGCUCAACUCCUCCCAGGGGCAUGUGGGGGAUGCAGAGGGCCUGGUGUGUGCCUUCCCCUCAGACAUGAGGAACACCUCUCUGCUGAGGCUGGCGGCUGGACAGGCUGGGGCGGGCGGGGACAGGGUGGCGCUGGGGUGCCACAGGGUGGGUGAGGGGGCGGACCUGGCCCUCCAGACUUCCUACGUGUUCCUUGGGAUCGUCCUGGGCUUCGUGGGACUUGUCUUCCUCUUGGUCCUCUACCUCAACCGGCAGGGCAUCAAGAAGAGGAUCAAUGACAUGCGGGAAGCGUGCACGGAGGUGUUGGAGGGAUACCACUACCGCUACGAGCUCGACUCAGACCCCAGGCUCUCACAGGUCUCCACCACAGCAGACAUUUGAUGAUAUCAGGACACUCAAGGGGCUUCCAUGAUUCUUCUUUCAUAAUAAAAAACAUUUGACUUUUUUUCUAUUGCAUUUAUAAGUAGAGAAGAUAAUGUAAAAACGGUACAUAUGAAUUGUCUGUAAAUAUAUUCAUACAGUAAGUAUAUGACUGAGUAUUGUUAUUGUUUUCCCAGUAGCUUUGUCCAUGAUUAAAGCAUGCACUGUCUGAUCUGUAGUCCUUCUCAACCAGUCCUCAUUUUCAGUCCACACAUCGUCUGAGACUGGGGAUUACCCAUGGCUAACAAAUGGGCAUGGACUGUGAAAGAAAACUGUUGUGUGGAUGGGGGACUGACUGACUGUUCUUCUACAUUGAUUUCCCCCUCUUAAAAGCGGGGCUUCUCUGUCUGUCCUAGAAUGAAGUGUCACGUGAAGGAGUGAAACUACAAUUGGACAAUAUCAUUUAUGCAUGUUUUGAUUCUUGGAACUGAGAAAAGAUAUGGAUGAAUAUACUUAAUUCAUGAAGUUGAGUAAUAAAACUAAAGACUGUUGUUAUACAUUUCGCCUGCUAUGACUUUACUUAAGUAUUGUUCUUUGAGGAGAGGUCUUGUAAAUGUAUAUACUAUUGCAACCAAGCUCACGUACAGCCAAAUUAAUCAGCUCAUGAGUUGCAAGUUGUGUGUCACCAACCCCUGUGAAACUUAAGCACAAUGGCUAUGUCUGAAAUUGCACCAUAUUCCCUGUAUGGGCCCUGGUCAAAAGUAGUGCACUUAUAAAGGGAAUAGGGUGCCAUUGGGACACAGCCAAUCUCUCAUUGAGCUCUGAGGGCCAGCUCACCACAGGACUGAGGAGCAGUUCUUUGGACUUCUGUCCCUCUGCCCCAGGGUGCCUGAAAGGAAUCCCAGCAGAUUAGUCUCCAUAGCAUUCCAAAGGGAGGAGAACCUCUCCUCUAAGAUCUCCUAAAAUCAAUUCUCUCUCUCUCUCUCUCUCUCAAUUCAAAGGGCUUUAUUGUCAUGGGGAACAUAUGUUUACAUUGCCAAAGCAAGUAAAAUAGAUAAUAAACAUGAAGUGAAAUUAACAAUCAGAAAUUAGCAGUAAACAUUACACUCACAAACGUUUCAAAUGAGUAGUGACAUUUCAAAUGUCAUAUUAUGGCUAUGUA